AUGCGGUGUGGACGUGUUUUUCUAAAACAGAAAGCGGUUUUUGUAACGGGUGCGCGGACACCCUUUGCGAAGUCGUUUGGCUCUCUUAUGACGGUAGAUAACGUUCGGCUGGGCACUGCUGCUGUCAGUGGCCUCCUGAGGAAGAGCAACUUGGAUCCCAAGGAGGUGAACCACGUUAUUUGGGGCAAUGUUGUUUUACAGCUUGAUGCUCAUAAUUGCGCUAGAGAGAUUGUUAUAGAGCUGAACCUCCCCAAGAACAUCACGGCUCAUUUUACCAGCAUGGCCUGUGCGACAGGACUGAAUGCCAUGGCACAAGCGGUGAUGAUGAUCGAGAGUGGUCAUGCUGACGUUGUUAUCGCCGGAGGGAGCGAUAGCAUGAGUAAUGCCCGUCUGGUGGCACCAGCUACUCUUUCUUAUGGCUUGGCAAGGCUUACCAUGGGGAAAAAGAAAGGACUUGCAGCUCUCCCCGCUUUUUUCAAGGAAGCCGGUUACAACCCUCUGUCAUGGCUUCCACGACCCCUGGCAUUGGAGGAGCGAAGCACAGGUAGGACAAUGGGAUGGCAUGGGGAUUUAAUUGGGGAGCUCAACAACAUUUCGCGUGCGGAUCAAGAGGCUCUUGCAAUUGCAUCGCACAAAAAUGCAAGUGAGGCCGUAAUGAAAGGAUACAUGGAGGAAGAAGUCGUCCCAGUGACCGUGACAAGGAAUGGUGAAACUGUUGAGUUUGUAAAGGAUGAAUACAUUCAGAGCGACAUUGAAAAGAUGAAGGCAAAGCUACCAACCUUGAAACCAGCAUUUCGAAGACCGAAUGGUACCAUAACUCCUGCCACAUCGAGUGGGUUGACAGAUGGUGGCAGUGCCAUGUUGCUAAUGUCCGAAGAGAAGGCAAAACAGUUGGGAUAUCCCACAGAUAUCAGCGUAAAAAGCUGGCAUUUUUCUGCCAUUGAUCCGUAUCCACAGCUUUUACUUGCCCCUGUGCUUGGGUGGGGUCCAACAUUAAAACGCGCAGGUCUUACGGCGGAGGAUAUUGAUCUCUUUGAGAUUCAUGAGGCGUUUGCUGCGCAGGUGCUUGCAACUAUCAAGUGUCUACAAUCUCCGGAAUUUUUUGAAAGAUACACCGGUUCGAGGGAUGUUGUGCUGAGGGAAAAAUUUGAUUUUUCCAAACUGAAUGUUAAUGGAGGAGCUAUGGCGCUCGGUCAUCCUUUUGCAGCCACCGGUGGACGCCUUGUAACAUCAUUGGCAAAUGAGCUGCGCCGUUCAGGCAAACGUCAUGGUCUUAUUAGCAUAUGCGCUGCUGGGGGAUUGGGGGGCAUUGCCAUUUUGGAACACACACCCGGGGCAAACUAG